AAUGAGAAGUUAGCCCGGAACUCUCCUAACGCCUCUCAUAUUACAGCAGCAAGCAUGGGGAAGACUGGAACACCGGGUGGAAAGAUCAACAGACCCAAGACAGAGCUGGGCAAGAAGCUCUAUAAGCGGCGGAGGAAUCUGACCCGUGAGAAGAGGAGGAGACACAUCAAGGUGGGAGCUGUGGUGGACGAAGGACUCACCACCAUCCACCAUCUCAGGAAGAGAAACUCCAGCCCCAGAGCCAACAUCACUCUGUCUGGGAAGAAGAAACGCAAGCUGCUCAAACAGCUGCAACAUAUGAAAGCAGAGAAGGCCGCUAUGGAAGUUGAGGCAGCAACAAAGACUAAGGCGUUGGCAGCACCAAAGAAGGCAGCAGCACCAAAGAAGGCAGCAGCACCAAAGGCAGCAGCACCAAAGGCAGCCAGACGCCAGAAAGGGGGUGUGUCCCAGGGGGAUGUGGACAUGGCAGAUGUGGAAUGAGAAGAGGAUGAGAGACUGUUCUGUUGGCCCCAUGCCAAGGCCAGACCAGGCCCCAUAUUCAGACCGGGCUCCAUAUUCAGACCAGACCACAUAUUCAGACCAGGCUCCAUAUUCAGACCAGACCACAUAUUCAGACCAGGCCCCAUAUUCAGACCAGGCCCCAUGCCAAGGCCAGACCAGGCCCCAUAUUCAGACCAGGCCCCAUAUUCAGACCGGGCCCCUGGAUCAGUUUUAGCCUUUUAGACCUAAUGAAUAUGAUUACAUGGACAGGGGAGGCCUGAUCCUGGAUCAGUUUUAGCCUUUUAGACCUAAUGAAUAUGAUUACAUGGACAGGGGGAGGCCUGAUCCUGGAUCAGUUUUAGCCUUUUAGACCUAAUGAAUAUGAUUACAUGGACAGGGGGAGGCCUGAUCCUGGAUCAGUUUUAGCCUUUUAGACCUAAUGAAUAUGAUUACAUGGACAGGGGAGGCCUGAUCCUGAGCCAGAGAGCCUUGUGUUUGUGUAUCUGAAUGCCGUCAUUGUAAAUAAGAAUUUGUUCUUAACUGACUUGCCUAGUUUAAAUAAAAUUAAAAAACAGA